UUGUUGCCGCGACGUCCGUCCUCCGUCCAUGCCCGUCAGGCGACGGAUCGACGAAGCGCUGCUGCCUGGGUCGACAAAAGCAUUGGUCCCGCGCUGAACAGUGCGUUCUGCGUUACAGGGCUGAUCCGCGACACUACAGCAUAGCGAACAUACUACCGACUUCAGGAGCACCAUCAACGGUACUGGAUUUAUGAUCGCCGGUCGAUUUUUGUCCCGUUGAGUUACGUCUCAUAGAAAACAACUAUGCUAGAGAGCUAGCCAGCCAUGCUACGGAUCAUGUAAGCUUUACAGUGGUGUGGUAGUUUACUAAAUUUCGUACGGUCAAUUAGAGACAAAACGAAAACGGCUAAUAGGUGACAAAGAAAUCGAAGUGGACUGCAGCUACGUCUCAACAGAGCAGCCUCGUGAAGGAAGGGUUGAGUCGUUUCACUGAGUGACUGACUGCAGCGUCUCAAAAGUGUAUGAUUCAGAUGAGAACGCGCAAGUUGUGGACGUAAACAGUUCAAAACACCCGCACGGGAACAUCAACAUUAAAUUGGAACGAACAGGACUAUGAUUCCUCUGAUUAGAAGCGUGCCGCGUACUUCUUCGUGCUGUUUCGAAAGUCUGUUCCAAAUUGGAAGCGGAUGGCUUAAUAGAAGGGAGUCCCUCUAGCAAGGACCUGAAGCUGGUUACAUUUAGUUCCGUCAUUCCGGGCAAGUGUCUCCUACGUUCGUUCGUAAGAACAUCACGUAGGGAUAAUCUGGCAGACUCGGCUCUCACGGACUCAACAACGCUAGUAGCGUUGGUGUCGUUUCUUCGGAGAGCUCUCAGCCCUGGUAGUAUGGCUGCUCUGAGCGGGGCAACAAGUCCAUCUGAAUGAUCGGAGCAUACAAACAUUCGUAGCACGAUAGGGGACGUGUGCUAGAACACGACAGUGAGCUGCCAAGUGAUUGGUAUCGUGCGCUGGAAUCGCUCUAAACACCGUAGAGAGAAGAUCAGCUGCGAGUGAGUAUCUCCGAGUUAGAAAUCACCAGGCGAGCCGGCGACAGAGCGUGAAGACGAAAGAGACCACUUCGUACUUCGUUCGGCUGCCGCCCUGCGGAGGAGGAGGUGGUGGGACGAAGUGUUUGGCUUCACGAAUUCGACCUCGAAUAACAGUAUCCAAUAGACAGCAGCACCGCGAAGCAGAAGUAGAGGAAAAAAGCUUUGAAAUAGUGUCACGCAAACUUCGUAACGAGUGCCACAUGCAAUAAAAAGGUAGGAGACCGUCAAAUGCAAAUGAUCAUAUGUGAACCGUCUGGAUUGGAUGGCGCGCGAAUAGCUCGGCGUGGCCGACUAUUCAGCCAGUGCUAUUUGAAGCAGUAGAAGCUAAAAUGAUGAUCAACUAGUGCACGCCCAGUGUAACCGAUUUGUUCUUCACUAUGUACGACCGAACUUUCGACACGUUCUGUAGUUGACGGUUACUAGUUUUUUGAUGUACUGCGUAUAUCCGUACUUAUGUGUACAUAUCCUGUGUCCAGCUAAUGAAAUCACCGACCGGAACAGGGUCAGGAAUACGACGCCGUUAAUAUCAUCAUCGUCAUCAUUAAACGAAUAGAACUUAGCGGAGAGCGCACCUGCGGUGUAUGCUUACUAUUUAUGAGCGCGUUCUGUAGUUCUUCUCGAAGGAACAAAUCUCAUGUACUGCGGCUUCCACGAUCCAUGUGUUUUUUUCUCUCCCACCUACUAUAUCUCUUUCUGCUAGUUUCUGUACCUGUGCGUCUGCCUCUCUGUCAACAUCGCUUCCGGCGUCACUGCGUGACGAUGAGGGUCCUACCUAGGUUUUACCUGUGGGAACCAAAAGACUAAAGCGGCCAGGACAGAGCCGGCGUUCACACGCGCUGCUUGCUCGUCGAUGCAUCCGCCGUUGUCUAGCUGCCAGUCAGAGAAGGUCUCACUUCCACUAAAGGCAGACAGAUCGGACAAUACAGCCGCCAGCUGCGGACCGUCACCAGCACUUUUGUUACCGGCAAAACCAGGCACUAAAUAUAAAUAAAUGUAUCGCUAGUAGUUAAGAAGAACCGAAGCGGUGCGGACUACGGCAGCAUCAGAUAUUAGUAUUGAGGAUAACUACCAGCGCGUUAAGAUUCAUUCAGAUUACGUAUACCCCCCACCCCUCAAACCCUCACCGGCGUCAUUCCGACUAGACGAUAGCUGGUCACAAAGCUCCGUCGACGCCGAACGUGGCGCACUGAGGCCGAUCAGUUCUGAGCAGCCAAUGUGAUGUCUUGAUUGAGAGAGCGUCACAGUGGAGGGUAAGAACGAAAAGGAAAAGGGUAAAGAACAAAUAAAAAUCAGGAGCUCGAAUAGAUAGAACGUCAAAAACGCCAUGACGAAGGCGCCAGCGACGGAAACGACGCUGUUACAAUUGUUGCCGACAACACUUUGCUUUUAGGUGGACUAGACAAAAAUAUAUGAAAAGGCAAUCAUCAGUAGACUGAGAGUGGGGACGUUUCGAUACGUUCGCGUUGCAGUUAGCGUUCGAAGCGCGUUAGAUGCAACUUCCGCUCCUGCCAAUAAUAAUAGUACUGCUAUUAUUAUUACGUGUUCGACUUCAUACGGUGGUUCCGCGAACGCUAAUCUAGCGUCAGAUGGUUAUGUAUGGGUGCGACGACGUUGUAGCAGGCUUAAGUUAGCCUCAUGUUCAAUUAAAAUAAACCAUGUUAAACAGACAACGCUGACAAUGCUUCUGAUCUAUUGUGGAAUAGAGCAGCAAUGUUUUGGUGGUUGAGCGGGGUCUAAAAGCUUUUUCCGUUAUUGUACGGUCUUGCGUGAUGUUGAUAUGAACGUGAGCGUGCUAAUAAUCGUCCAGUGAUUAUGUGAACUGAAUACUGCAAUGUUUGCAAGAAGGUACGACUUCACGGAGUGAAUAAAAGGUGGUCCUCUUUACACUUCAAGCAACAGGAUGGGCGCACAAUGUACUACGGUAAAUGGCAGCUAUAAGGAGGCGAAGCUGCGCUCUGAAGAAAUCGAUCGUCAGCUAAAUCAGUUUGCCACGCAAGAGAGCAGCGUGUCAAAGAUUCUCCUAUUAGGUACCGGUGAAAGUGGCAAAAGUACAUUGGUAAAACAGAUGAAGGUUAUUUAUAAUGAGGGUUUCAGCGAUGAGGAACUCUUGUCGUUUCGACCUACCAUCCUUGACAAUCUUCUCAGUUCGAUGAAGUACACGCUAGCUGGAAUGGGUCUACUACGAAUUCGAUUGGGCAACCCACGAAACAAAUCUGCGGCAAAACUCGUUUUGUCACAUCCGGCAAUCCCACCAGUCGGCGAAAAUGAGACAAAUUAUUAUUACACGCUAAGUGACGAAACGAUCCGGGCAUUAGAGGCCCUUUGGCGAGAUCAAGGCGUCCGCACAGCGGUGCUCAGAGGUCAUGAGUACGAGCUCAACGAUUCUGCUAUGUACCUAUUUGAAAAUAUCGAACGACUAACAUCGGAGAAGUACGAGCCGUCUGUCCGCGAUGUUUUACGAGCCCGUGUCCGAACGAACGGCGUCAUCGAGACCGAGUUUAUUGCGUGCCAAGGAGCGUUACGGGCACGAGUUCUUGAUGCCGGCAUCUCCUUGAAUUCUGCCACACCUUAUUGGACAGUAUCAAAAUGGAUGCGGUGUUUCGAGGACGUACGAGCUGUUAUCUUUGUUGUAGCGUUGUCUGGCUACGAUAUGCUGAUGCAGACUGAACCUAAUCUCAAUCGACUGCAGGAUAGCAUUGAGUUAUUUCGAAAAAUUGGUACAAAUCGUUAUUUCCAAAGCUGUUUGAUGAUUUUGUUUUUGAAUAAAAUGGAUCUCUUCCGGCAAAAAAUACUCUAUUCGAAACGUCAUCUUAGGUAUUACUUCUCCGAGUUCCGAGGACCUGAUGAGAAUGUUGACUCCGCGGCUUUAUUUGUGCAAAGUAAACUUUUGACGGCUACGCAGCGUCCCGUUUUUCCGCAUUUCACUACAGCCGUUGACACAGCUAAUGUGAAAGCAGUCUUCGAAACUGUUCUUACUACGAUACUUAAAAUGAAUAUUGACGCUUAUCAGCUUUUAUAGCCGUUGAGUUCCGUUGCCACGUGUCCUUCCAUAUAAGUAUCGAAUACAGACUGCACAAUAAUUUGAACUCCAUUUUCAUUACUAUAUCAUCUAACACUAACAAUAGGAAGUGUUAUCAUACGAAGUUAAUCAUUUUUCCAAUAGUGAAACACACAAACCAGAAACGAGGAUCAGGAUCGCUAUCUAUUAGCACACAGUCAAUACCGAUAACGAGAUAAUAUUGUCGCAAAAUGACCAAGAAUUCAUACUUCUUUUCAACAUAGCGCCCUGAAUAGAACAUUAGUCAUCGUCCUGUUUUAUCACUAUUAGUAAUAACAUUUUUUGUCUCAACGUUGGCAAAGGAUGAUGAAAGAAGUAACUUAUAAGAAGUGAACGAAACUGCGACAGUUUUCGAUGUGAUUACUUCGUAGCCUCGCACGCCUGUUGGGAAAACCCAAAAUAGAUUCUGCAACAUUUCCCCUGGUAAUCUCUGAAGCAAUACCUGAAGAUGAUUUUGAAGAUUUCUUUAUAGAUAUAAAGGAUAUAGAUAAUAUUCGGUUCGAAAUUGCACGUCAUUGUGCUCCUGCUACAACAUCGCACAAUUAUUAGUUACGAAUCAUCUUGAGUCUCAAUAAAUACAUUUUAAGGUUACACGUUUCACUUAACCUGCCAGCUACUCCUGUCGCUUAAAGCACUGGUGAAUUUUUUGUGUACAUAAAUACAGUUUUUGUAUACAUAAAUGAACGUAAACACACAAUACACUUUGGUAAUGUAGAGGCAAUACUUCUAAAUUGUUCGAAGCAUACGUGCGUCAUGAAUAGAAUGCUGGUAGAUGCUAUAUAUAGAACCUUAAGUUUAUAUAUAUAAAUAUAUAUAUAUAUAUACGUUUCAAGAGUAAAAGUAAUUCAUUACUUGAAACCAUGGCUACAACCAUAUUUAAAAAAAACGCCACAUCGACCAAAUUAAAACGUCGAAAUCAACAUAUGAUGUUUUUAUGUUUUUCGGUUUUGUUACGCACAUAGAACUCGCGCAACAGCCCGCUGAAGUAGCGCAAGAAGAACGAUAAUCUGCUUUACAUUAGAAGAUAAAGAGAUAUGCUGAUUUGGUAUUCAAUGUCUGUUUGUUAUAUCGUGUACGACAUUUAUUAUAAACCAAGGGAAGUUACUUUGAACUAAUCAUAGCCAUUUUCCCAACAAUAAAUUACUUAUUUGUUUACUAUUUAACCGUGUUUUAAAGAAAAUCCUUGAUUGAUUCGUUGGCGUGCGAGAAAUUCUCUUCUGAUGUUAAAGCUAUUAUCUCUAUAUACUUUUUACACGUAUUUUAGACGCGGCUUGUGGAUAGUGAUAAAAAGACCGAACGCGACUUGCACUAUUUGGACGGUCACACAUACGCGAAAAAAUAAAGGAUGUAUCCUCUUUAAAGCAGACCCUAUAUAUAAAGGCAUGUAUUUAUGUAUAUCACGCACUUAAGUUAAUAAAUUAUAUAUAUAUAUAUAUAUAUACCUCCAUUACUAAGGUAUUGCAAGCUAAAUUUAUUGAAUGAAAAUCGUAUACGAUGAUUUAA